CCUGAGCAGCCGCUUACGGAAAUCGCGUCACGUAGUGCACUGGCACGCCCCCUGCUCCAAGAGGAGAAUCUAAAUAAAUAAAUUGUAUACACGUAUAUUUAAAUGAUGCAAUUUAACAAAGUAUUAACAAAGUAUAUCAUUAGAAUCAAUAAAUUACUUUAUAUAUUUAAAAAAAUAACUUUAUUUAAAUUAAAUCAGCCAACGUGGGAAAUUAUGUUAAAAAGAUUCAUUUAUUCUGAAAGUGGGUUGAAUGUUCAUUUGGUCAUGAGUUUAAAUCCCAGAUCUGCCAAGCUGCCACUACAGGGCCCUUGAGCAAGGCCCUUAACCUUUAGUUGAAUAUAAAUAUGUGAUGAAUAUAAUACAUGUUUUUGCUCUGGAUAAGGGUGUCGGCAAAGUGCUUUAAAACAUUAUGAGCAGGAAAUAUUUAAACAACGCUGCUUUAUGAAGUUAUAGCUUUACUAACCCUUUCCUCCUUUUAACACAUUGCAUGCAGUUUCUUUUUUUGGCUCAAAAGUUUUUUUUUUUUUGUCAUGCUUGAGUGUUGUACCUAAAAUAAUAAAAAUGUUCUCCCACGACGGUGUGCUAUGAAUAUCACAUGCAAGUUUAUUUGAAACGGAAAACAGCCAUUUAGAAUAAUUGCUCAGACCCUGCCUGUAUACUUCAGUAAUAAACAGGUCUUUCUGAACACAGAGGUGCGGGUGGUUCCUUCAGACUCACAGCUUGUUCGUGAAGGUAAACAGCUCUUGUUGUUGGUAUUCUCAGCAGCUCGUACCCUGGGGCUUGCUGUGGAUGUUCUAUUACUGCAACCACAUUCUGAACAUUUAAAUCCAGAGUGAAAGAAACAAUAUUACUCAGAUGAUAGACAUUCCCAGAUCGUGUUUGUGCCAAAAAAUAAGUUUCUGUUACAUGAAGCUGGAAUGCAUGGAACUUGGGCAUCGAAUGUUUUUCGACAAAGAAAAGAAAAAGCCUCAUUUGUGUGGAAUUUUAUUGUUUAACAUUUCUUUUCUGCCCCCAUCUGUCCCGAAAUCCCUCUGUCCCUGCCGUCCCGCAGCAGGCGGAAGGAAGUGCUGGAGCUAGCCUUGCGAAGCCCAGCCAAACUGUCUUCUAUUAAGCAUAACAAUGGGAGCCACUAAAUAUAGCAAGGGUCAUGGGUCACAUCAGUGAGGAGACACGGCACUCUUCUUACAGGCUGACCAUAAAGCAUGACAGGAAUGAAGCUUCAAGAUGGUGUAUUUAAGGACAGCUAUAACUCAGGCUUUUUGAGACAAUUUGCCUUUUUAGGAACUUAGAUGGAAAUAUGAGAUGAAAAUUUACAGCACUGACUGUUUUUUCUCUAUGUUUUUUUGGGGGCUGGACUGUAAUUGCUGCAGCAUGAAGAUGGAUGAAUCUUAUGUCUGAUGAAAAAUACCAAGUAUGGACUGGACCUCUAUGAAGUGGUUCAACCAAUCAGACUCCAUGACCUCCAUAAAAGAGCUUUAGAGUCUACGAGGCCUGAUACUCUGAAAUAUGCCAUGAAUCUUAGUGGCAAUCACAUUGAAAUGCAUCUAGAGAAAAACACUGAUUUUAUAAGCGAGGACUACACUGAGACUCACUACAUGAGCGAUGGGACUCCUGUCAUAACUAAACCUGAAAUGGAUCUCUGCUACUACCAGGGGAAGAUCAUGAAUGACAGGAACUCAAUGGUCAGCAUGAGCAUCUGUGAUGGAUUACGGGGAUAUAUUCAGACUGCAAAGCAGAGGUUUAUUAUCGAGCCUCUGUCUGAAGACACUGACGGUGACCAUGCGGUGAUGAAGUACGAAGAUGUGACUGAUUCUCCUUCUGUAUGUGGCGUCACCAACACUACAUGGUAUCCGUUCCCUGAAGGCUUUCCAGGUUCUUCCCGUGGCAAAUCUAAAGCUCGCAUGUCAGGACCAACAAUGUUCCAGCAAAACAAAUACAAUGAAGUUGUCCUUGUAGUGGACAACAGAAUGUAUUUGAAGCUGGACAGGAACAUCACCAAAGUGAGACAGAAGAUCUUCGAUAUUCUCAACUUUGUUAAUGUUGUCUAUAAACCGCUGAACACUUUCAUCGCUCUGAUUGGUCUGGAGGUUUGGACUGAUAGUGAUAAGAUUGCGGUGACUACACCUUCUAGUGACACUCUGGGUGCUUUUACAAAGUGGAGAAAUGAAGAUCUGGUAAAGCGGAUUAAGCACGACAACGCUCAUCUGAUCACUGAAAUCGACUUUGAUGGGGCGACAGUGGGCCUGGCGUUCGUCGGCACCCUGUGCACAGAAUCUUCUACUGGAGUCAUACAGGACCAUAAUACACGAGCCAUAGCUAUAGGAGCCACUCUGGCGCAUGAGAUGGGACAUAACCUGGGAAUGAGCCACGACAACAGCUCUUGUGCAUGUUCUGGGGAAAGCUGCAUCAUGGCUGCCUAUCUGAGCUACAACAUCCCACAGCUCUUCAGCAAUUGCAGCUUGGCCAAUUACGAGCGGUUCCUGAACACACGGAGCCCUGAGUGUCUCCUCAAUAAACCGCAAGCCAAAGACCUGCUCCAGCCUGCAGUUUGCGGCAACGGCUUCCGAGAGAUUGGAGAAGACUGUGACUGUGGACCUGCAUCGAAAUGCACCAACCCGUGCUGCAAUGCCACCACGUGCAAACUCACAAAGGGCUCAAAGUGUGCAGAAGGAGAGUGUUGUCAGAACUGUAAGAUUGCUGACGCCUCCCUGCUGUGUCGUCCCAUGCGUGAUGAGUGUGACCUGCCUGAAUAUUGCAUGGGAAAUUCAAGCUCAUGCCCUGAGGAUGUUUUCUCCGUGAACGGUUUGCCGUGCAAGAAUCGCACUGGCUACUGCUACAAUGGGCAGUGUCCAAAACGGGAAGAGCAGUGCAUCAAAAUGUGGGGUUCAGGUGCCAUUGUAGGGGUUGAUAACUGCUAUUACCAGAACACAAAGGGACAAGUGCAUGCUUAUUGUACACGAACUUCCAACACCCAGUUUAUAGGAUGCCAGAAACAGGAUGUGAUGUGUGGAAAGCUUUUCUGUGACAAAGGCCAGGCCAACCCCAACUAUGGCCGCUACGUCACGAUCACGAUGUCACAGGGCAACUGCAAAGCCACUAUAUACAGCGACAGUACCCAAGAUUUUGGUCAAGUCGACACAGGGACCAAGUGUGGUGAAGAGAAAGUGUGUAGUAAAAACCAGUGUCUGAGUUUAGACGUCGUCUACAAAGCAAGCAACUGCACAGCUAAGUGUGGUGCAAACAGGGUGUGUAAUCAUAAGCUGCAGUGCACCUGCGCACCUAACUGGCUUCCACCUGACUGUGUGAUGCGAGUCAGCAGAUCUCAGUCUUCAUAUACAAGUCAACAGACAGGCAUCGCUGUGGCUGUCUUUAUCCUGUUGGGGGCUGUUUUAAUUGGGUUGGCCAUCUACUGCAUGAAAUGUAGAAAGAAUCAAAGCAGUUCAACGAGUGGAAACCGUGUUCCAAAGUCUACCGUAAAUGUCUAAGGCUUCGUGAACAUCCAGUCUGCAGGAGACAGACAUACAGAACACACUGAGCUAAAUUUGGAUUACUUUUUUCUUUUCUUUGUUUUUUUUUUUUUUUUUUUUUACGAACUUUCAUAAAAAUUACCUGAAGAGUAUAGCAUAGAUGCUGUAAAAUUAUUUUUAUUGGAUGUCUUUGCUUGUUAAAAUAGUUUAUAUAUCAGGCUUGUGAGGUGGACUGGGUGCAUCCCAGAGUGCAGACACACUGCAACCAUGAACAGGAAACUGAACUGAACAAUGAAUGAAUGAAUGAAUGAAUGAAUGAAUGAAUGAAUGAAUGAAUGAAUGAACAAACAAAUAAACAAACAAAUAAAUAAUCAGCUACAUUAGUAAUACUCUGUAUGUAGCUUUCUUUUGCAUAUUGGUUUCUAUAAAAACAAUAUGAUCACAAAAUGUCUGUAUAUCACACUGUAGUUAAACGUAUGUUUCUGCAUCUUUGUUUCCAGGUCUCAUGCACUAUAUCAUUACAGUUUAGGUCCAGGAGCCAGUUUCUGUUUCUUUGUUCUCAGGUUUCAUACAGUAUCAGAUUACAGGGAAAGAACACAUAUAGGUGUGGACUUCUUGGAUCUCAGGUCUUUUUGAAACACACACACACAAAAAAAAAAAAACAAUAGCCAUAUAUAUGCAUUUACUAUUCUGCCUGUAUGUAUUUAAAAUAUAUGCAUUGGAAUUGCUUUAAUUGACAUUGAAAUGUCCAAUAUAAUACUUUUGACAUUUUAUUGUUUGAUUAUUGUGCUGCAUCCCUUCUUCUAAAGCAUUAUUUUCUGCAAAAUUGUUCAGUGAUUGUUCAAUGCCAUAAUACAGACUUGUUUUCUCAUUU